AGGUACCCUCGCAUUACGUCGAUUUGAUAUAUGAAAAAGCCAAAGAAGUUCGAAAGUCAGUGCUAUUUUUAUUAGGAAACUCCUUACUGAUGACGUAUUUCACACUUUCUUCGCUGGAACAGAACAGAAAUGGAUGAAUACUCCCAGGACUUGUUUGGAGAUCAAGAGGAAGCUGGACCAAGCUCACAGACAGAGGUUAUUCCAGUAGAAAGUGAUUCAGACUCCACCCAACCACCAGACAGUGGAGAGUACGAGUCAUAUUAUGAGUGGGAGCCUGUAACCCCACCAACCCCACCAAGGAAAAAAGCUAGAUCUUCACAUACAGAAGUGCCAGCGGAAACCUGCUCUGAAGAUCCUAGCCAGAGUCUCCUGCGUCGAAAGGCCAAAAAAGGAUUCUGACUGAUAGAGACAGACUGGAAUUGGUUUGGGGAUUAUCUGAUGCUGGAAGAUUAAUAAAGAACAAUAGGUAACAAUAAAAGCAUGAAAAAAAAAACCCCCAAAAAACAUCCUUUUUGUCAUUUUCAUCUGUAAGAUGAUGAGUAUUGAAAGUUCAAAAGAUGUAUGCAGUGCAUAUUGUAUGUAAACCAACGUGGGGUAAUGGCAAAGUGCUGACUGUAGGUUGGUGCUUUUCUCCUGCUGCUCUGGCUUUCCUCCACCUCCAAAACCUGGAUUGUCCUUAAAUGAACCUGGUUGUUUAUAGAAAUUAAAACGAAAUCAAACCAAAAGAAAACCGUACGUUGUGUGCGAAGUUAUGUGAAACUGCAUGGUAUUUCAAGAAUUUUAAGGGGGUACAUGUACAAAAACUUUGUUCUUAUAGGGGAAACCUAUGAUUUUCACACAGAACUUGGCUUUGUUUGAUUGAGGAGAUGCAGAAUGACUAAUCCUGAAAGUUUUAAGAUGAUAUGAUGUAUAGAUAAUAUUUUAUAGACUUGGGCCCCUUAUUUCAUAUUUUUCAGACAUGGCACAUUUAUACAUGCUUGUUUUUCGAAAAUUCAAAACUCUUUAACUUCUGAGGUUUUCAAGAUAUUUCACUCAUUUUUUUUUUAU